CCGCUACAAGAUACCAUUCCGCCCACGCCCAUAAACUACUGCACGGCACCGGGUGGUAGAGGCCGCGGCAGCGCCGGCGAGCGAAUAAAAGCAGCAGCAGAGGCCAGAGGCGAGAGGCACUCGCCGCACUCCCUCCCUCUCCCCCUCCAGCGUCGUCCAACCCCAGCGAGCAAGCAAAGCCCAGGCAUUUCCCCUUGCCUUGCCGCCGCAGUAGCUAGACAUCUCGGUCGGGCCACCCAACACCCAAAGCUCUUAGCAAACCUCCCUGGCCAAGGCUCCGGUGCGGUGAACCAGCAGAGAGGGUAGCCGGCCGUCAUCUUGGCGUGUAUAAGUCGCUGCCUGCGGCCUCCGGUGAGCUGAGGUAGCCGGGCAUGUCGGUCUCCUCCGCGCUGUCGUCGUUCCUGCUGUGCUGCUUCUACCCGUCCGGCGGCCACCGCGGCGGCGCCUACUACUACAGCAGCCACCCGACGAGCGCCAACACCCUGUACGGUGGUGGUUACCAGGAGGGCCCCUUGGCCGGGCGCAGGAUGAUGGGCCGCCGGAGCAGGCCGCUGUCGCUGCAGACGGUGGAGCUCAAGGUCCGGAUGUGCUGCUCCGGGUGCGAGCGCGUGGUGAAGCACGCGCUGACGCGGCUUCGCGGCGUGGACUCGGUGGAGGUGGAGGUGGAGAUGGAGAAGGUGACGGUGACGGGGUACGUGGACCGGCACCGGGUGCUCAAGGAGGUUCGCCGCGCGGGGAAGAAGGCCGAGUUCUGGCCCAACCCGGACCUGCCGCUCCACUUCACCUCCGCCAAGAACUACUUCCACGACGAGGAGUCCUACCGCCGCACCUACAACUACUACCGCCACGGCUACAACGGCGACAAGCACGGCCACCUCCCGGAGCCCCACCGCGGCGCCGACCCCGUCAGCAACAUGUUCAACGACGACGACGUCAACGCAUGCUCCGUCAUGUAGCAUGGCGUGGCAUGGUGUUCCGAUCCUCUCGAUCCAUCGCCAAGGAUUGAUCGUGCCGUGCGUGACGAGCUAGCUGCUGGGAGCUAGCUAGACCGGCCAUCAUUGUGUCUUCUCGCUCGCUCUAGUGUUGUUGGGCGCCUCUCUAGUAGCUAGCAAGCAAGCAGGUCCAGUCGCAAGCAGAGUGUUUGUAUGUGUGUGUUCGUCGUCAGCUCGCGCGUGCAUGUAACAAAUUAAAUGGAUGAUGGAGACGGACGUCGCAAGUUGCAAUAUGGAAUGAGUAGCGGUUCCCCUUUCCGGGUUA